GCUGCCCGGUAAUCUGUAAAAGCUCGCCGCUCCUUUGAUUUCGCGCCGAUCGCCGGUCGCUCGCAGCCGGUGAGACCCCUGGAUGUUUCUCCGCCUUCGGCGACUGUCCGCCUCCUUCCGUCCAGAGAGCCGCCCGCGGUUCCUGCGCUUCUGACCUGUUGCGUAUGUUUUAUUUCGGCUUCACGGUGCCGAGUCCAAGCCGCCGGACUCUUCGCGGCGCUAGUGCGUGCUGCGAACUGGAUUUAAUUUGUUUCUCUACUUCUCAUAAUAACUUUACUCCUUUUCCAUAAUUAGUAUUUGUAAACGCUGAAUGGCAGCCGAGCACGAAGAGAGGAGGGAGGCGCUCCGGAGUCGGACGCAGGUGUAGGUGGCGUUCUUCUAUGCCAUUCCAAUGCUGCUUUUCCUUCCAGGGCUUCGCUGCCCGUUUUGGCGUUUUGAGGGAAAGUCCGAACAUCUGAUCAUGAUCUCAUGGACUCGGCAUGCGAACCAUGACUGGCUUCGGCUCCCGGAGGCAGAGGAGGUCGCUCCUUAACGUUUUCUAUCACAUUCUUCUCCUGUGGACCAAAGAGAUGGACGCGCUUGCGAACUUUUCAAAUUACCUACUUAGGAUCAUCAAGAGCCACUCCGCCCGCGCCUGCGACGGAGAGCAGCUUCGCCUGCACUGCCCGCGACAUUCAUCGGUCUCUGUCCAGUCUGCCUUUUACGGGUCCGGUGGGGCGCUGCGCUGUGCCGAUAGCCCAUGGGCUACACAGGACGGACAGGGCAACCAAACCUGCACUGCCGUUACUGCCUUACAGAAGGUGCUUUCAGAGUGCCAGGGCCACCGAGACUGCCAGCUUCCUGUCAACCCUCAUGUCUUUGGGAGGGACCCCUGCCCUGGGACCCCCAAGAACCUCCAAGUGUCAUACAAAUGCAAACCCACUGAACACAAGAGGAAGACUGGAUGCCAAGCCGAGCGGUUGACUCUACAUUGCAAAAGCCCACGGCUGCUGAAUAUCUACUGGGCAGCAUAUGGCAGGGAGCCGGGUGACGCUCACACCUGUGCCCCUGAGGAUGAAGAACCACCUCUUUUUGAGUGUUCCUACCACGGGGCUGUGGACAUAGUUUCCAGGGAAUGUUAUGGGAAGCAGAGGUGUGUGAUCACGGUCGAUGACCACAACUUCAAAGACCCCUGUCCCUUAGGAAUGAGGAAGCAACUCACCGUCCUCUAUGCAUGUGUGCCUCUGAGCUUGAUGAAGGAGGUAGACCCCAGCAUAUUUACCACUACAGCGACUCCUAAACAGACCACUGAGAAAGACGUGGUUUUGUAUCCCAAAGGCUCCAAACAUCCAGAAAACAAGGGGAUUAUUCUCAGCAACUCUCUGAUGGUGUUUGGUUUUAUUAAAGAGCACCCAGAACUAGCAGCCCUGCUCUUUGUGUCCAGUGUAUGCGUGGGACUUCUCUGCGUGCUCCUAGCCCUGUCCAUGAAGAUAUCCUGUAACGUCAGACCUCACAGAGGCGUACAGUCAAUGGUAAGGCGACACAGCGGGCAUAAUUCCGAUGAGGAAAGCUCAGAGCUCAGCAGCUUGGUCAGCGAGAGCAAAGACGACGCCUGCUGGGAGGUGACCAGUACGACGCUGGAGGCCGCCGAGCUGGCAGAGAGGAUCGAGCGGCGAGAGCAGAUUAUCCAGGAGAUCUGGAUGAAUGCCUAUCUCAAUGGGACCUCACAGAUCUGGCCUGUAUCACCUUGCAAUACUGCUGACUACAGUCCAGACAGCCUUACACUACAUUAACACAUACCAAUCUACCAACCAGAUGGACUACAUUUCACUGUAUAGCUUCCGUUUUGGUAAUCCUGUGAUCUAGGAUGAAGUCCACCCUAAGAGUGUGGUAAAGAAUCUGGCCCUCCUUUGCUGGUGCCAAGCAUUAUGCAAAUAUACAGCUUUAAGCUGCCCGUAAGUGUCGGUUUGAAUUAACUAUAACUGUCAUCAAUGUGCAAAAUUAUGAAUUUUAAAAAGGAAAUUAAGUUGACAUUAUUUAUUUAAAAGCCACGUGUGCUUGUUUAAAAUUAUUGUGAGAUGUUGCCUGAGUUUAGCCAGGCUGUGAAAGGCGGCUCCGCUUGCUUUACGAGAAGCACUUUAACCACGCCUUUGUUUCUCCCGCUGCCUUGAGGGAGGCUUUGUCGGGAAGUUUCAGCCCCCUCGUCUUCUGAAAAGCUUUCCAUGUCGAGUUCUGCAACUUCCUCUCUCUGGCCUUGGGAGGACGUUACGGCACAGCGGUAUCCUGCUUGCGAACGGCAUUUGGUUUCAUUGUGGCCCCGGGCUGGCCGUGCAGCGGGACAAAGAGAGGAAAAGUCCCACACCUUCUACCCGCCCAUGGUGAGGCAAGUGGGUAUUGGGUCCCAACAGCGGCUGACCCCCACCCCCUUGCUGCAGCACUAUGGAAACUGCCCCCCAGGCCCCCAUUUUGGUGCUGACGUCACCCCUUGGGAACCCGCCAUACUGAAUCAGCGCCUUGACUUGACGUGUGUGGUUCAUGUUACAUUGGAUUUAUUUGUACCUGCCACGGAAAUCCACCAGGGAGUGUUACAAACCAACUUCAUAGAUGGACCUGAAGGCCUGGAUGACCCACUGCGCAGCACAGAUGACGAAACACUGGGGAUCGAUUGUCCAACAGUCCGAAAGUAAGGUGAGCCGUUCGUUUGCUGAACGCUAAACCUACAACAUCAGGGGGAGAGACGAUGUUCAGCACUUCACCUGGGGCCCCACUUUAUGUUGUUAAGUCCCUGAAACUGCCUCUUCAGUGCUUGCCGGUCUGACCAUUCAGACUGCAGGUACGUGUCGUCGUCGGCUUCUUCCAGUUUCUACAGAUCAGGGGAAUAAACCACGAGAGAAGGGGGAUGAAGCUGAAGCAUCACGCCCAGACUGCACUAACGAAAGAGAUUCUGAAUUUUAAAAAAAAUCAGUUUCAGGGGUGAUGCAUCUCUACCUUUAGCUCUUCCUGCCGUCUGUAGUGAUGCAGCAUCAUCUGUUUCUGCUCCUCGGCAUUGACUAGCGGCUCUCGCGAUGGUGCCCCCUGACCCCUCUGUUGCAGGAGAGAUGGCACAAUGGACUUACACUCUGAGGGCAUUACAGAACACAGAUUAAAUUGUCGUCGGACAUCGUUCAAUCUACAGAUGCUCCUCGCUUCACGACGGUCUGAUAUUCCAGCUUUAUGAUGGUGAAUAAGCGAUUCAGCGGCCAACUCUGAAUUCUGAUCUGUUCCUGGACUAGUGAUCUGUCACACGAUAUGUUUUACUGAGGAUGGCCGAUGGCAGCAUCCACCCAGCCAGGCUUUCAAGUCUCUGCAGCGAUCGCGAACAUAAACAUGUCAUGUAGUGUUUAACAACAUAUUGCAAUGGCAUUUUUUUUCUGUCUUUAAUGACAUUUUCCUAGGUUCAUUAUAUUUACUACAUGCCCAACUGUGUCGUAAUUCAUACUCAACUUAGGACAGGUUCAUCAGAACAUAACCCCAGUAUUAACCGAGGAGCAUCUGUAGUUAGCUGUUGACUUUAUGAACAAAAUAGAAAAUAACAGUACUGCAAAUAACAUAAAAUGGCCUGUUUUACUAAAAAGAACUUUAAUAAAAAAUUU